UAGAAAUACCAAGCAGCACGAAACGAAGUUGAACCUUAGGAACACUGGUUUUCUGCGAGGUUAUACUGAUAUAAGUUAUCUUGGUACUAUUUAAUAAAAAAAACUAUUAUUUAUAUAAAUGCGACAAAAAAUUAAAUUUUUCACCUGUUGAGAUGCGUUUAUAUAUGAAAUUUGUCAUAAUCUGACAUCGGAAGCUAGAUUUUGAUGAUGUUCGGCUUGGUACUGCUGUCGUCGGGAUCGUUGUUUUCUCUAGUUUAAACAGAGAAUAUGGAAGUGGAAGAGGAAAAAACUGACAUUUCAGACAAAGGGGACGCCACGGGAGAUGAGGAUGUAUCAAAAAAGGAAACCGUGUCGAAAGAAAAAUUGAACAUUGUUUUGAACAAGCUCCGUAGCAGCUCGUCCAAAGAUAUCUUCAGGGCUCUUCAUUACAUCAGAAACAGGGUGAUCAACAAAAACAGCGGGAUAAACGCCUUCCACCAAUGCGGAGGGAUCAAGCAGUUGAUGAAGAUGUUGUCCUCGAACAACGAAGACAUUCAAAGCCUGGUAUUGAGCAUUCUUGGAAACUGUUGUUGCCACCUGAUCAAGAACGAGACCUUCUGCGAUGAGCUUCUAAUAAAUGGCUUGCCCGAAAAAUUGACGGUACUGCUGAAGAAAACUAUAAAUGCAAAAAUCCAUAGGAGAGUAUGUCGACUGAUCGGAAACAUGGCCCAGUCUCACCGUUUGGCAAGGGAACUACACAAAUCCAAUAUAUCACUUUACGUUGUGCCAAUUCUACGUUCUGCUGAAUGUAUCGAACUUCAACAGACAGCUAUUACAGCUAUUAAGUGGCUUUGGAAAACGGACAAAUAUCACUAUGAAAUGUUGAGGAUUGCAGCUGUUAAAACAGUCGCGUCUUACUUAGAUACAGAAAAUGAGCAGCUGCUCAAAACUAUUCUUCAAACUUUGGUUGUAUUUACACAACCUUGUGUCGAUUUAACUGCAUUACAGAUCACAGGCAAUGGUAAUGGUUACGUAUCCAUUGUUUCGAAAAUAAAUCUACCCAUAGUUCGUGUACUCAUCUGCAAUCUUAGCCAUUCACCACCUGCUAGAGUUGAACUUAGUAAGGCAGGUGUAGUUCCAUCGAUUAUUGACAGGCUAGAAGGAGGAGGCAAAAUUGAUUCAUAUUUAAUUACUUCGUUAUGUUUAUUGUGCCGAGAAUCGAUGAUAAGAGCGUCAUUAAGGAAAACACCUAGUGGAUUUAAAACAAUAUUAUCUCUUUUGAUGAACCCAAAGGCAAAACCAUUUUACCUAGAGCUUUUAAGUGCUAUAAGUCAAUUCAAUUAUGAUAAGCCAAGUUUAAUUAUAAUGAUAAAAGGGGGCUUAAUAAAUGUCUUAGUCGAAAGGUUAAGCGAGUACACUAAAGCUUACGGCUCCCCCCAUCAGGAAUCGGUGCCUGCUUCAGUAGCACCGAUGUCUCCAUCUAGCCCUUCUUCACCAUGGAGUUCCCCAUCUUCACCGCCUAUGAACGCAACCACUUCUGAUUCAGGAAUGUACUCUCCUCGGUGUAUCACACCUGACAGUGAUAGUGGGAGCAGUUCACCAUACGUGCAUUUUCCAAAAUUCUAUUUUGAUACUUACCCUGAAGGUCAUCUGGGUGUUGAUGGGUGCAUCGUGGAAAUUUUAUCACAAAUAACAUAUCUACAAAUUCCUCUUGCUUGCUUGGCAUCAAAGACGACGAUAAAUACAUUUUUAGAUUACAUGGUCGGCCUGAAAUACCCGCAGUCCAAACAGAAUUAUAUCAAAGCAACAAAAGCAUUGAGCUCAAUCGUCAGAUGUAAGCAUUACUUCAACAUACUUCUGGGAGGUGAAAGUAUUUUGGCUAUAGAAAGAUCCCUAUGUCGAGCCCUCCAUCCAGAUUGCUGGGAGUGUAAAAGGCUUAGGGAAACAGGAAGAGAAGUUCUAAAUGAACUGGGUACCGCAGCGCAGUCGGGUCUUGGGGAAGGAGAAUUGACUUACAGGCUGGCAACAGUUUCAGACAAUGUCAGAGAAAGCGUUUCUUUAGCCAUUCCACACGUCAUAAAACAACCAAAUCUAUUAAACAGUCUGCUUUUUGGGCACAAUGCCUUGAAAUAUCUUUUGGAUUCGUUAAUCACAAGAAUAGACGAAGCUGUACCAUCAUUACAUAAUUUAUUUACAUCUCUAUCUAUUAAAAAUCCACAAGUCCCCUUUGAGAUUUGCCAACAAUGUGAAGUGGCUAGUAUGAGGAAGGAGUCAAAUAUAAGUUUUAGCUUAGACGACGGAUCAAGAGUCAUGGCGAAUAAAGAAUCGUUGAGUCACAGCUGCCCUGUAUUUGAGGCGAUGUUCAGAGGGGGCUUUGUUGAAUCAAAGCAGUCAACAGUUCACAUCACAGACAUGUCAAUGGACUGUUUAAGCCAUUUGACCCGGGUUAUUAACGAAUACUGUUCCUGCGUUUUGCCCAAGGACCUAUCGACCCUUUUAGAAAUGAUAACAGCUACAGACAGAUUCCUUCUUCCUGACCUUACAUCAAAGAUUCUAAGCGUUGUUAUGAAUUCGACAUUAUCACACAGCACUUGUUCGGCGAUUUAUGACUGGAGUGUGACAAUAGGACAACAAUUAAGCAUAGGAGCAAACAUUCCGUGUCAGGUCAUUAAAUACCUAUUUGUAGCUGACAUGCCGUCGAGUUGUCGCGUGAAUGCCACAAGACUCAUUCUCGAAGGGAACUGUGCACAAAAAUUCACUCAAGAUCUUACAGACAUCAUUAAAACCAGACUUCAACAUUACACUAAAAAUCAACGCUUUAUAAAUUAUAAAAUGGUGUAAUUUUGAAUUAAUAACAUUAACACGGAUAUUUCAUACCAAAGACUUUUUAUUACACGCCCGCUAUGCAUAGGUCAUUAAUCAUUCAGUAAAUGAAAGUAAAGAAAUCAUUAGAAACAUUAUAUAUGUUAUUAUGAACGGUUAACAUAUUCUGUAUGUUUAUAAAUAGAAUAUUUAUUAAGUAGGUUGUACUUAAAAACGGUCUGGUUUUUUGGGACAUAUUUAUUUUCUCAAUCUAAUUUAAUUUAAUAUUGUACAGUUUUGACAAAUUCUAUAUGGUUUACUGUAUAUUUAAACUUUUCUUGAGAUUUAUAUUGCUUAUAAGACGAGAGAAACAAAUAGAAAAUGAAAUACGUAAAUUCAGAAAGUUUAUAUAAAAAACUUAUAGCAAAUUUUGUUGACGAAAGUGGGAAAUUUUAACUUUUUAAUCCUUGCAUUAUUCAUAUUUGUAUGCAAUACAUUAUAAAUGCUUAAAAGCCUCAGAUCAAGGCUAUACCUAUGCCAUUAUUUCUAUGCAUGCCUUAAAACUUUUCAAUAUAGUGAGAAAACAGCUAUGUGCUAAAUUGUUCAAAUUUAAAAGAAAAAUUUAAUUACAAAUUGUGUUAAUCAUUGAGAUGAACUAUAACUACAACGACCGCAAUGAGGAAAAACAAGCUCUUAUUUGAAAAAUGAAAAUGGUUCUAUGUUCCUACAAAUUGACCAUGCUUCAAUAUGCCCUUUGUUCAAAUUGUAUACACAUUAUUAUUGAAAAUGUACAUUAUAAUUAUUGUUUUUCAUGUAUUGUACCAUAUGAAUUGGAAUUAAGAAAGUUAAUAGUUUUGUAAAAUAUAAUUUUAUUCAUUCA